CUUGUGGGUCUUGAAAUCAUUUUGUGUAUAUAUAAAACAUGCAGAUUGAUAACAAAGGUGCAUCUGCAGCCUUCCGUUUUCUAUAUGUAACGCAAAAGAAAAUGGGAAUGGCCGAGUGACCUACGAAAUUAGAAAACGACGUGACCUCAUAUCACUCUCGGGAAAUUAUGAUCUCAUAUCUUCCCUUACUUACUUUUAUGCAUACAGACGCGAUAAACUGUUAUCUAUAUCCUCGAUUAUAUUUUUUUCAUGACGAAAAUGGUAUCAUUCGCAAGUAUAAGCACUCAAAGAUUCGUCUACAGAUAAGAAGGGAAAGAGAAGAUCUGAAGUAUAGGAUCGAAAAUCUUUAGGAAUCCAAAGGGGUUUCCGAACCCCUUUUGAAGACGGCCGAGUUCCCGUCCCUUAUGACUGCUAUUUGUUGUUCUCUCGGUCAGCUGGAGUAGAAGGAGGACAGGAAACGCGGAAAAUAGAUAUGAAAUGUCUAUGACAGUUUCCCCGAAAUGUCGUCCCUCUGGAAGAAGUUUCGAGGUGGGUCUGGGGGAGGGAGCCCAAACCACACGGGCCAUGGAGCGGCCGCAAGCAGUUCUUCCUAUCAGGGGGGAGCUGAAGUAUGCCAGGGUGCUGAAGUGACCUCAUCGCCCCCCUCACAGCAGGCACCGUCUAGUAACUUGCGCUUCAUUACACGCUCUGAUGAAGACCUGUUCAUGUCCGAGUCAGGGGACAAAAAGGUGGAUCCAUUGCAAAUACAAUCACAAUUUGUAAAGACUGUUGAAGAUAUCCUCGAUAGCCACUCCACUCUGCCAUACUUCUUGCAGUUUUUGCAAGGUUGGGGUGCUGAGAAGUAUGCAAGGUUCUGGCUGGAUGCUACUAGCUUCAGAGCUGCAGCUGUGACUCGCAUACGAAGCCAGGAUGUGCAUAUAACAUCCGACAUAGCAACUUCCACAACUAGCGAUAGAUCUUAUAUAGAUUAUAGCGAUAGUAAUUGUACAGAACCGGAAAACAAGCAAAAACAGACCGUUGAUGAAAUAUUUGAGAAUUACACUACUCAGUCAUGCUCAAAUUCAAGGACAGAAAGCUUUGGCCCAAAGGAAGGAAUGCAAUCUAGAGAUAAAGGAUUGGUCUUACCUGAUUUAGUAAGUAAUAUUAAGCAUGCGAAUGAUGUUACUCCUCUUAAUAGCCCUGAUGGGAGCUUUAGCAAGGUGCUGAACUGUGAUGCUCGGACUUCUGAAGGGAACCCGAAAACUAGUGAUGAGAAGUGUGUGAUAUUACCCAAUCAUAUGGAUAGUGUUAAAGAAAGCAAUACAAAGCCAGUCGGAAGUGAAAGUGUUAUUACAGCAAAACCUCUUUUAAAAGAUUCAAGAGGUUUUUCAAGCCCAAGUGCCUCAGUAUGUUCAAGGGCUCAGAAACUCAGACAAAGCAUAGCAGAGGAUGCCAUGAAGAUUUUCAACAAGUACAUAGCAAGGGAUGCAGAACAAUCUAUUGGUCUAGAUGAUGAUAUUAGAGAGGUUAUCCUACUAAAGAUCUCCGUAGUUCAGGAAGACAUUGAUUCUGAGUGCUUUGUUCCAGCACAGAAAAUAGUGUUUGGUGUCCUAGAAAGAGAAUACCUCCCAAAGUUUCUUGCAAGUGACUACUACCUCAAACACCAAAUAGACGUUCUCACCAGUGGCUCUGUGCGUUUGGCAGAUAUUCUAUAUAGUGAUUCAGCAUUUCCUUACUUCAUGGAGUAUGUGGAGCAGGAAGGAGGACGGCAAAUGCUGCAAUUGUGGGUGGCAGCUUCAAAUUUCCGUCAGCAGCUGAUUGAGCAUGCUGGCAUGUACGAUCCUCAGCAAGCACAGGCAGAUGCCAUGGUCCUGUAUGACAAGUACUUUUCUCUGCAAGCAACGUGUCCGCAAGGAUUCAGUGACCGAGUAAGAUUUGAAGUUGAAAGCAAUAUCUGCCGUGAGGAGGGACCCCUGCCAUCCUGUUUUAAUUUGCCUCUCAGAGUGGUUCUGCAUGUUCUAGAAAGGGAUUUCCUCCCUGGCUAUUUGUCAUCCAGUCUUCACAUCAAGUACCUGAGUGAGUUGAUUAAUACUGUCAAGACGAGUAUUGAGCUGCUUGGCCGCAAAAAGAGAUCAGGCUCUGAGAGCACAUGUAGCAGUGAGCAGAGCAGUACCUAUGGGGGAGCAGGAAUCAGUUCGCAAAAUACACUGCUUGCAAUGGAUACUUCAUCCACGCACCGUUUUCACAAUUUGGAUGGUGCCAUGAGAAUUGAUGAGGCUCAGAUUACGGAUCCAGAUUCACUAUGGAGGCGAAAGAAUUUCAGUAAAAUGAGCUGUGGAUUCAUUAAUGAGCUUGGAAGAUUUGAAUCAGAACUGCAGCCAGAGCCUGAUCGCAAGACAGAGUCAAAAAUCUCUCGGACUCUUAAAAGAUUUGUUAACAUGGAUGAGGAUAAGGUAAAAGAAGAUAUGGCUUACAAAGUGGCUGAGAUGAUCAUUAAAGAUGUGACGAGUGUAACCUUAGGAUCACAAGGCAGCAACAGAUCCAGCAUGGAGUCCUCCCAACCACCACUUACACCAUCGUCAAUGUCACAGGAUAAUCUCAGUGAUGUUUUCCCCUCAUGAUGUGAAAGAGGUAUCUAUAACAGAACAGUUUUAUCUGCUAAAUACAGAAAUGUGAUAAUAGGACCGUGAAUUAUAGGAGCACUUGUUGAAGUAACGAAUGUACAUAUGUACAUAUACAUAAUUAUUUUGGCAUGAUUGUCCCCAGGGAGCUCAAUGGCGUUAGUGUCACAGCGUUUACGGAAAAUUGGUCGUAGCUCAUGGAUAGGCUAAGAGGAGCCCUAGUGGGGAUGUAAUCAAAGGGUUUGAAACUUAAAUGCAUGCAUUGGGAGUCAAGAGGUCCUUGUUUUGGCAUAUGUUGUUGUCAGGCAGGAAGUGGAGAGCAGCGGCCAUUUUACUUCAAAGAAAAGGCCAUAGUCAAGGCCAGAAUGAAGACCAGGCCGAUUCCUAGCACAUCCAAGGCAGGAUGAGAUGUUUUGCCUUGGCAGGAACCACUUACACUCUCUCUAUACAUAAGUCUCUCACACACACACACACACACACACACACACACACACACACACACACACACACACACACACACACACACACACACACACACACACACACACACACAUACA